GAGACUUUGCACGUACGAGGAUUCUCCCUUCCUCCUGAAAUGCCGUCACGCCGCGUCGCCGUGAUCGGCGCCGGAGCCGCCGGGCUGGUCGCGGCACGCGAGCUGCGUCGCGAGGGCCACGCCCCAGUGGUCUUCGAGCGCGCCGCGGCAGUGGGUGGCAACUGGCUCUACGACGACUCUCCAGCCAGCGCCGCCUCGGCGGCCGACCUGCUUGGCGCCGGCGGCGUCCACUCGAGCCUGUACGCGUCCCUCCGCACCAACCUGCCCCGCGAGUGCAUGGGCUUCCUCGACUUCCCCUUCGUCCCCGAUGACGGCGCCGGGACCGAGAGCUCAUACUCCGGCGACCCGCGCAGGUUCCCCGGCCACGCGGAGGUGCUCCAGUACCUCGAGGCGUUCGCGCGGCGGUUCGACCUUCACGGGCUGGUACGGUUCGAGACGGAGGUGGUCCGCGUCCGCAGGGACGACGCGGGCGCCGGCUGGAAGGUGUCGUACUGCUCGAGGAAGCUCGCCCAUGGCAGUAGCGAACAAGAGGAGGUGUUCGACGCCGUCGUUGUCUGCAACGGUCACUUGGCCGAGCCGCACAUCGCCGACAUCGCCGGCAUCGAUACUUGGCCCGGGAAGCAAAUGCAUAGCCACAACUACCGUGUGCCCGACUCGUUUCACGGGCAAGCUGUGGUGGUAAUCGGAUCAGCGCCCAGUGGACACGAAAUUUCGAGGGACAUUGCAGGUGUCGCGAAAGAAGUCCAUGUUGGGCGUCGGUCGCCCCCCACCUCCGAAAUGCAGAGCACUGCCCGUGCAAACUUGUGGCUUCAUCCUAUGGUCGAGCGCGCUGAGGAAGAUGGCAGUGUGGUGUUCAAAGAUGGUAGUCGUGUUAAAGCUGAUGCCAUCGUGCACUGCACCGGAUACAAGUACAACUUUCCAUUCCUAGGUGAUGAUGUUGGUAUCUACGUCGACGACAACCGCGUGGGCCCGCUAUACCAGCAUGUCUUCCCCCCACACUUGGCUCCUCACAUCUCCUUCAUUGGGCUGCACAUCAAGAAUUUGACCGGAGUCAGAGGUGGGCCGCGAUCAAGAUGGGCUUGAAGAAUAUACAUGGAAGGAAUACAUGAAUCGGCCUUAUAUGCAAAGUUUGGGCUAGUUCGCCCGUGUAUCUGUAAUAUAGUAGGAUACGUGUCGGUUAGUUAGAGUUUGGCUCGUGCACGGUUGGGAUUAUUCCCACGCUAGAAAGUCUACGGACUAUAAAUAUGUAUCUAGGGUUUAUGAAAUAAACAACA